GGCGUUCAUUCUACAAAGUCGGCCUUACAAUCAGUCUCGAUUAGCUAUGGGAAAGCUGGUGUUAUAUGGCCUGGAGCCGAGUCCGCCAGUACGCGCCUGCAAGUUGACACUGCACGCCCUUGGCUUACAAUAUGAAUAUAAACUGAUUAAUCUGCUGGCUGGUGAACACAAGACUCGGGAAUACAUGGUAAAGAAUCCCCAGCAUACUGUGCCUAUGUUGGAGGAUGGAGACAAGAGUAUCUGGGACUCGCAUGCCAUUUGCGCGUAUUUGGUGAGAAAAUAUGGCAAAGACGAUAGCCUUUAUCCCAAGGACUUUUACAGACGUGCCGUUGUCGACCAGCGUUUGCACUUUGAGUCUGGCGUGCUGUUCCAAGGCUGCUUGCGUAACAUUGCGUUGCCGAUUUUCUAUCAAAAUGUUACUGAGGUGCCGCGCUCAAAAAUCGACGCCAUCUAUGAGGCGUACGGGUUCUUGGAAUCAUUUCUGGUAGCUCAGUACUUGACAGGAACUAGCGUGACAAUUGCCGAUUUCAGUGUUGUUUCCACUGUCUCCAGUCUAGUGGGCUUGGCACCCAUUGAGCAGAAGCGUUAUCCAAAGCUGCAGGCCUGGCUGGAGCGUAUGGCGCACUUGCCCGACUAUCAGACGAUCAACGGCAACGGAGCGCAAAUGCUAAUCGACAUGUUCAGUGCAAAGAUCACGAAGAUUGUUUGAGGCGAUGCUGAUAGAAAAACAUUACAUUUAAAUAUGUUUUGGAACCUUUGACACAUUUCAAAUUUAAUUAUAAACACAUAUGUAUAUAUUUUGUAAAUUGAUCAAAAAGUUUAGUUUUGCUUUCAAAUAUCACAUUGUUCACCAAAGAGUGACGAAUCAGAUAUAUAUAUAGUAUACGAAUAAAGAAAAUUCUAAGCACCUGUUUGGUCAUCCGGCCAAAAACAGCCAAAACCAGCA